AUGACAGCUAGAAUGGAACAAAUCUACAGAGAUGCUUUUUCUGAACAUCUGAAGACUCCUCCUCUGAAGAGGUUGAAGUCUAGUAGCUGUGAAAGUCUGCCCUCUUCUUCUCCCAAUUCAGCUGGUGAGAGUCUGCCUCACUCUUCUCCAGACUCUUUGGUCAAGGCUUUGAGCUUUGAGGUUGAAGCUUCUAUGGAAGAUUCUGAUGCAGCUGCUGCACAGGUUCAGGAAGCACAGCUGAAAGCCAAGAAGUCUGGUGGAAGACCUGUUGGCAGAAGUCUGAAUGUGGGCAGAAAGAUUGAAGUCCCAAUAGCUGCUCAGUUGAAGAUAGCUUACUCUUUGGAAGCAGCUCUGCCAGAAUAUGCUGAUGAGACUUCUUUCUGGAGAGAUAUGAAAAAAGUUUGGAAAACCGGUGAAGUUUUUGAAGCAGGUGCUGAAUCAGAAAGAAAAGCUGCAGAAGCUGGUGCAGAAAAAAAUCUGUCUGCAAAGCCUCUGCUGUAUGGCUCUGGAAAGUCUCAUCUGAAGAAUAGAAGGCAAAGCAGAUACAAGGGUUUCAGGAAACCUGGAGCUGGCAGAAAGGCUAGAUGGCCAGAUGUUCUGCAUGAUCUGAAAGCUUGGGUUGAGGAACAAAGAUCAUAUGGGCACAGUGUGACAAAGGAAGUUCUGUGUGAUAGGUACCUGGUCCUUCUGCAAGCUAAAGAAACUGCUCUGAAGGCUUCUGCGAGGGAAGCUGUGGAUCCUUUGAAGAAAGCUGAGCUAGAGAAAUCUGAAGAAGAAGCCAGAAAUGACCUGGUGGAGCAAUGUGAGCUCAAAGCUCUGAAGCCUGAUUUGACAACUAAGCUCUCCUUGCAAGAAGAGUUUGUCAGAUCUGUGUUAACCUGGCAGUCCUUUGACAAGACUGUCUGGAAGGCUUGCUUUGCUUCUCUAGAAUGCCUGGCAGAGUCUGUAGCUGAUGCUGCAGCCUUCAGACAGCAUGUUAGCUCCAUGGUGCUUCUGUUCAGUGAUCAGAUACCUCUGUGGGUCAAAGCUGGGUCUGAGAAGGAAUUGUGUGCCAAGUUUGAGCACAAGCCUGUGCAGCAGUCUGAGCUUCGAGAAAAUUUGAAGCAGCACCAUAGUCUUGCACUAGCUGACCCUGCUAGAGGCACAAGUCUGAAGCCUCUAGACAUGCCUCUGCAGGCAUCUGGUGACAGUGGGCUGAAGCAGAAGAGAUCUCUGAAGGAGCCAUCCGCGGAUCGCUAUCGCAUCACUUAUGAAGCCAGGCAGGCAGUGUACAACUACUGCUCUGAGCAGCCUCUGCAAGGAAAGGUGUUGCCUGGACUUCUGGUGGUGCACGGUGUGCAUGCCAGACUGAACAACAUCAGUCAGGAUGGCAAGUUCAUUUCUGAUGAGUCCUUUUGGUUCAAAGGCAAUCUGGUGCAGAGGAAAGCUGGAGAGUCUGCUGGAAAGCUGCUUCUUCCCUAUAGGCAGCUGAGGUCUUUGAAGCCACAGCUGUUUGCAGCUGUUUCUGUGAUGCAACAACCAGCUGCAAAUGUAGACUCUGUUAUCUUCCACUGGUCCCAGCUGGAGCUGUCUGCUCUGGCUCCUUGCUGUGUUCACCAGCGGGAUUGCUUCAGUGCUAGCUGGAGCCCUACUGCGGCUCAGUCUCUGUAUGCGACACAGACAUUGCAGUGUGUCAUCUGUCCAAAGAUGAUUGCCUCUUUGCAAUUAACUGACACUGACUACAGCAGGGCUUUCAAAUCUCUGUGCAGAGAAGCAAUGGCAAGAAGGAGAAGAGAUGGCCAAGAAGCUCUGUUGAAAGCUGGAAAGAAAGAUGUUUGGAAUGCAACUGACAGGUACAGCUGGGUGACAAAGGAAGAUUCUGGAAAGUUUGUGCCAGUAGAGCCUGACUGGUCUCUGAUUCCAGGCUCAAAAGAGAUUUCUGACUUGGUGGAAUACCAGUACUGGUCUGCAAAGAGUGAAGCUCCUGAAGAGGAUGAGGCUCUGCUGUCCAUUGAAGAAUUGCCAGAGGCUCUGCAAUGGCCAUGCAUUGAGAGUGGGAUUCUUCAAGUGCCACUCUCCUUGCAGAAGCUGGCUUGGAAGCUUUCUGAAGAAGCUGGAGAAAAAAACAAGCUUCUGAAAAAGAAGACGAAAAGAAUCAGCAAGGAUCUGAAAGCUCAGGCCAAGCAGAUUCUGGCCAGCAAGUUCAGAAAGCGAAUGUCUGAGAAGUUGAAGCAGAUGAGUCUGAAGCAAGCUGCUGAAGGCAUUACACCAAUGGCUGGUACUUCUGCCCCUGUCAAAGGAAGCAAGUCUGUGAAAGUUGGCUCUGGCAAAGCUGCCAGAAAGGCGAAGAAGAAGUCUGCCAAGAAGCAAGUAGCUCAGAAGGUUGCUGCUGAGCUUCUGGAUGCAGAAGCAUCUGACAAGUCUCAGAAGCAUGAACCAUCUGAGGCACCAUCUGAGCCUCCACCUCUGCCUCCUCCCAAUGAAGAGCCUGAACCAGGGGAUCUUCCUGCUUCUGCCACAGCAGCUGCCAUGCCAGAGGCAUCUGCUGGCCCUCUAUUGGGCAAGAAGCUGAGAGUUGUGAAAAUGAAUUACCUGUGUGGAAAGAAGGAGUCUGAUGUGGAAGCGUGCCAGAAGGAAUGGCUGAAGCCUGCGAAGUGGAAGUCCAUGGUUCUGAGCAGAGCUCUGAAACAGAGUAUCCUGAGUGCAUGUGGUGCUCUAAAACUCUGGCUGGAAGAUUCAGAUCACUAUGCAGCUGAGCCUCUGGAAGAAGUCAAAAAUAAGAACCCCCAAAUGCUGCUGGACAGCCACAUGCUCUUUGGCUGGGAGCUUCUGAGAUGGCACUUUUCUCCUCUCCAUGUGGACUUCUUUGCUCAGCGAGGCUUUUUGAUGCUGGAUCCUGCUCUGAGUGGAACUUGGCUGCUGGAUGUGCAGUCUGACUUUAUUGCUGACAGGGCUACUCUAGAGAGAGAGAUGCUGAAAAUCAAAGAUGAAGCAAAGGUUCUGCUUUGUCCACUCCAUGGUGAAGGACAUUGGUCUCUGCUGGUUCUGAUGCAGCCUGUUGCUGAAGGUGACAAGGUUGCUGUGCACUACUUUGACUCAAUGGCCUCUGACACAGAAAAAGCACAGAUCAAUGCUUUGAAAGCCCAGCAGCUUCUGAAGCACCUCUUGCAGGAUGACAGUGCUGUUCUCCCGGAGAAAGAAGUCACCCAGAUGCAAGAGUCUGAUGACUGUGGCUUCUGGGUCUUGGCAUUCUGCUUGGAAAUUUUAGCUCUGUUCAGAAAUGAAGGUCCCAGAUCCAGAGGGCAAACCAAGAUCCAGGUGACGAAUCUGAAAGGCUUUCUGGCCAGCUGGACAAGCAUCCUGAAAGCUGAGCAAAACAAAUCCAUGAAGGAUCUGGAGAGGAAACAAGCCAAGCUGAAUGAAGAGCUGGAAACUUUGAAGAAAAAGGCUGUGGCUAUGGCGAAGUCUGUGAAAGAUACAGCCCUAGCAGCUUCUGAAGCUGAGAAGCUGGCAGAUGCUGUUUACAACAAGAACAAGGUGCCUGACCUUUCUGAUUUGCCUGAAUCUGCCAAACAGGCGAUUUUGAAGAUCUCUGAGAUGGGCAACCCUGGUGUCUGUUCCAGGCUGGAAUCCUAUCUGGUCUAUCUGGGUGCUGGUGGCCCAGCUCUUCUGUGGAAGUGGGUCUGUUGGUUUGCGUGGAUGCAAACUGCUGCUGAAUGGCUCUAUGAUGCCAUUGAAAGCAGCACCAGCAGCCUGAAUCUGGCAGCUGUUCUGCGCAACCUGAAGGUGGUCUGGGUGAUCUGCUUCACUGCCUCUGAAGUCUCUGUGAACCCGAUGGAGGUGACUCUGCCAGAGCCUCUGGCUCAGUGGGAGCUCUGGAUCAAAAGCUACAAGGAGACUCUGGUCCACAUGACCUACAUUCUGGAGCUGGCUGAAGCACAUGGUCGAGAUUCUGUUGCUCUGGUGGCUGAGGUGGAAUGGCCUUCUGAAGACAUGAAGCCCAGGCCCUUGUCUGAUGAGGCCAAGGCAGCCAUGAGGAGCAGGGAUCUGGCUGCAGUACUGCACUAUGCUGCUGGGCUUCUGUCUGAGCCUCUGAACAGCUGCUCUGUACUCUGGGGCAGCAGCUGGAUUCUGGCAGUGGUCUGGCAAUGGUGGCAAGCAGCUCUGGCAGUUCUGGGUCUGCUGGGGGACCUGGGCAAGGCUUUGAGCUUUGAGGUUGAAGCUUCUAUGGAAGAUUCUGAUGCAGCUGCUGCACAGGUUCAGGAAGCACAGCUGAAAGCCAAGAAGUCUGGUGGAAGACCUGUUGGCAGAAGUCUGAAUGUGGGCAGAAAGAUUGAAGUCCCAAUAGCUGCUCAGUUGAAGAUAGCUUACUCUUUGGAAGCAGCUCUGCCAGAAUAUGCUGAUGAACAAAGAUCAUAUGGGCACAGUGUGACAAAGGAAAUUCUGUGUGAUAGGUACCUGGUCCUUCUGCAAGCUAAAGAAACUGCUCUGAAGGCUUCUGCGAGGGAAGCUGUGGAUCCUUUGAAGAAAGCUGAGCUAGAGAAAUCUGAAGAAGAAGCCAGAAAUGAGUCUCAAAGAAUUUUGAAGGAAAGUAAAUUCAGAAACAACAAGAAGGUCAGCCUGGUGGAGCAAUGUGAGCUCAAAGCUCUGAAGCCUGAUUUGACAACUAAGCUCUCCUUGCAAGAAGAGUUUGUCAGAUCUGUGUUAACCUGGCAGUCCUUUGACAAGACUGUCUGGAAGGCUUGCUUUGCUUCUCUAGAAUGCCUGGCAGAGUCUGUAGCUGAUGCUGCAGCCUUCAGACAGCAUGUUAGCUCCAUGGUGCUUCUGUUCAGUGAUCAGAUACCUCUGUGGGUCAAAGCUGGGUCUGAGAAGGAGUUGUUUGCCAAGUUUGAGCACAAGCCUGUGCAGCAGUCUGAGCUUCGAGAAAAUUUGAAGCAGCACCAUAGUCUUGCACUAGCUGACCCUGCUAGAGGCACAAGUCUGAAGCCUCUAGACAUGCCUCUGCAGGCAUCUGGUGACAGUGGGCUGAAGCAGAAGAGAUCUCUGAAGGAGCCAUCCGCGGAUCGCUAUCGCAUCACUUAUGAAGCCAGGCAGGCGGUGUACAACUACUGCUCUGAGCAGCCUCUGCAAGGAAAGGUGUUGCCUGGACUUCUGGUGGUGCACGGUGUGCAUGCCAGACUGAACAACAUCAGUCAGGAUGGCAAGUUCAUUUCUGAUGAGUCCUUUUGGUUCAAAGGCAAUCUGGUGCAGAGGAAAGCUGGAGAGUCUGCUGGAAAGCUGCUUCUUCCCUAUAGGCAGCUGAGGUCUUUGAAGCCACAGCUGUUUGCAGCUGUUUCUGUGAUGCAACAACCAGCUGCAAAUGUAGACUCUGUUAUCUUCCACUGGUCCCAGCUGGAGCUGUCUGCUCUGGCUCCUUGCUGUGUUCACCAGCGGGAUUGCUUCAGUGCUAGCUGGAGCCCUACUGCGGCUCAGUCUCUGUAUGCGACACAGACAUUGCAGUGUGUCAUCUGUCCAAAGAUGAUUGCCUCUUUGCAAUUAACUGACACUGACUACAGCAGGGCUUUCAAAUCUCUGUGCAGAGAAGCAAUGGCAAGAAGGAGAAGAGAUGGCCAAGAAGCUCUGUUGAAAGCUGGAAAGAAAGAUGUUUGGAAUGCAACUGUGGAAGACUGUAUCUCUGCAGUGGUUGUUGCCCAAGAAGAGAUGUCCAAAAGGCAACACGAAUCUGACUGGAUUUGCAAAGGUCUGAGGAGAAAUGGGAUGCUGGCAUACAAGCCUGACCUGCAGGACAGGUACAGCUGGGUGACAAAGGAAGAUUCUGGAAAGUUUGUGCCAGUAGAGCCUGACUGGUCUCUGAUUCCAGGCUCAAAAGAGAUUUCUGACUUGGUGGAAUACCAGUACUGGUCUGCAAAGAGUGAAGCUCCUGAAGAGGAUGAGGCUCUGCUGUCCAUUGAAGAAUUGCCAGAGGCUCUGCAAUGGCCAUGCAUUGAGAGUGGGAUUCUUCAAGUGCCACUCUCCUUGCAGAAGCUGGCUUGGAAGCUUUCUGAAGAAGCUGGAGAAAAAAACCAGCUUCUGAAAAAGAAGACGAAAAGAAUCAGCAAGGAUCUGAAAGCUCAGGCCAAGCAGAUUCUGGCCAGCAAGUUCAGAAAGCGAAUGUCUGAGAAGUUGAAGCAGAUGAGUCUGAAGCAAGCUGCUGAAGGCAUUACACCAAUGGCUGGUACUUCUGCCCCUGUCAAAGGAAGCAAGUCUGUGAAAGUUGGCUCUGGCAAAGCUGCCAGAAAGGCGAAGAAGAAGUCUGCCAAGAAGCAAGUAGCUCAGAAGGUUGCUGCUGAGCUUCUGGAUGCAGAAGCAUCUGACAAGUCUCAGAAGCAUGAACCAUCUGAGGCACCAUCUGAGCCUCCACCUCUGCCUCCUCCCAAUGAAGAGCCUGAACCAGGGGAUCUUCCUGCUUCUGCCACAGCAGCUGCCAUGCCAGAGGCAUCUGCUGGCCCUCUAUUGGGCAAGAAGCUGAGAGUUGUGAAAAUGAAUUACCUGUGUGGAAAGAAGGAGUCUGAUGUGGAAGCGUGCCAGAAGGAAUGGCUGAAGCCUGCGAAGUGGAAGUCCAUGGUUCUGAGCAGAGCUCUGAAACAGAGUAUCCUGAGUGCAUGUGGUGCUCUAAAACUCUGGCUGGAAGAUUCAGAUCACUAUGCAGCUGAGCCUCUGGAAGAAGUCAAAAAUAAGAACCCCCAAAUGCUGCUGGACAGCCACAUGCUCUUUGGCUGGGAGCUUCUGAGAUGGCACUUUUCUCCUCUCCAUGUGGACUUCUUUGCUCAGCGAGGCUUUUUGAUGCUGGAUCCUGCUCUGAGUGGAACUUGGCUGCUGGAUGUGCAGUCUGACUUUAUUGCUGACAGGGCUACUCUAGAGAGAGAGAUGCUGAAAAUCAAAGAUGAAGCAAAGGUUCUGCUUUGUCCACUCCAUGGUGAAGGACAUUGGUCUCUGCUGGUUCUGAUGCAGCCUGUUGCUGAAGGUGACAAGGUUGCUGUGAACUACUUUGACUCAAUGGCCUCUGACACAGAAAAAGCACAGAUCAAUGCUUUGAAAGCCCAGCAGCUUCUGAAGCACCUCUUGCAGGAUGACAGUGCUGUUCUCCCGGAGAAAGAAGUCACCCAGAUGCAAGAGUCUGAUGACUGUGGCUUCUGGGUCUUGGCAUUCUGCUUGGAAAUUUUAACUCUGUUCAGAAAUGAAGGUCCCAGAUCCAGAGGGCAAACCAAGAUCCAGGUGACGAAUCUGAAAGGCUUUCUGGCCAGCUGGACAAGCAUCCUGAAAGCUGAGCAAAACAAAUCCAUGAAGGAUCUGGAGAGGAAACAAGCCAAGCUGAAUGAAGAGCUGGAAACUUUGAAGAAAAAGGCUGUGGCUAUGGCGAAGUCUGUGAAAGAUACAGCCCUAGCAGCUUCUGAAGCUGAGAAGCUGGCAGAUGCUGUUUACAACAAGAACAAGGUGCCUGACCUUUCUGAUUUGCCUGAAUCUGCCAAACAGGCGAUUUUGAAGAUCUCUGAGAUGGGCAACCCUGGUGUCUGUUCCAGGUGCAGGUGGACCUGUGGAUGUCUGAGCUGCUCUGUUGAGAAAGCUGAGAAAUACCAUCUCAAUGUUCUGAGACACAGCCUGGGAUUGGCCAAGCUCUGUCAGGGCCUCAUUUUCUGCUAG